AUGCGCCGUUUGCCAUCACGUGUGACAUGCCUUUCAGCGGUGCUGUUGGCCCUCGUCGCGUUGGCGUCCGUCGCCCGCGCUGACGAUCCCGCGGCCUCGCUCGAGGGCGUUGUGGAGCUCACCGCCGCCACCUUCGACGAAAAGGUCGGAAAGGACGUCCCCGCCCUCGUGGAGUUCUACGCGCCGUGGUGCGGGUACUGCAAGAAAAUGGUGCCGGAGCUGGAGAAGCUCGGCAGGGCGGUAAAGGCGGCGAAGGACAAGGUGCUGGUUGGCAAAGUCGACGCCACGCAGCACCGGGAUCUUUCCACCCGCUUCGGUGUCAGCGGGUACCCGACGCUUCUCUUCUUCCCCGCCGGCUCGCAGCAGCAGGAGAGCUACGAUGACCCGCGUGAGGCCUCGGCCUUUGUGUCGUUUCUCAACAACCGUGUUCCCGGCCUUCACCUUGCCGUCCCCCGCGAGCACGCGUACGCGACGGAGCUGACAAAGGCGAACUUUGAUGCGGUUGCCAUGGACGCGGCAAAGGAUGCCUUUGUGAUGUUCUACGCGCCUUGGUGCGGGCACUGCAAGAGACUACACCCCGUCUUUGAACGCCUCGCCAUGGUGUACAAGGAUGAGGCGGACGUCGUUGUUGGAAAACUGGACGCCGACGACGCGGCCAACGCUGCGGUGCGCGACCGCUACAAGAUUUCUGGAUACCCAACACUUAUCUUCUUCCCAAAAGGGGACAAAAGCAAUCCACUGUACCACGAGGGCGGCCGCAGCCUCGAAGAGUUGGUUGCGUACGUCAACGAACACACCGGGAAGCGGCGGCGUGCCUCUGGUGAGCUUGCCGAGGAGGUCGGCGUACACGCAGAGCUCUCACAGCUGCUGCGGGACAUUCUGUCAGCGGAAAAAAGCGCUGAGGAGAAACGGCAGUGUGUUGAGAAGCUGAAGAAGGCGGCGGCGGAACUCUCUGGCGUGGAAGCUGUGCAGUACCCUCGUAUCGCGGAGAAGCUUCUGCAGUUGGGUGCGGAGUACGUGGAGAAGGAGCUGGCCCGCCUGGCGCGUCUGAGGCAGGGUGAUGUGAAGGGCGCGGUGCGCGACAUGUUCACAGUCCGCAGCAACAUUCUGGCCUCCCUCAAGCAGGCGUAG